GGGUUUAUUACUUGAACAGUAAAUUACUUAGAUGGGAGGCGGAAAGGAAGGAAGAUAAUCGAGGAUGGAAAAUGGUCGAUGCAAAUUCUGGCUCCCCAAGAAGAACAGAUUCUGUGCAAACUCUCCUCUCAACAAUUCCUCACUGUUCUGCGGGAACCACACUACUAGAUCCGAUGCUCGGUGGAUUCCAUGCCCUGUGGAUCCUUCUCAGUAAACCCUUCAUCUCUCUGUGUUAUUCUCUCUCUUUCUCUCUCUGUUAUCAUUCUCUCAGUGCAGUGCCGUGUGCUCUUGUUUUCACACAUACAUUCAUUUUAUGUUGUUUGUUUAUUUCAUCACUUUGUAGCUCUGUACUUGAAGAAAAUAUUGAACUACAUCUUAAAAAAAGAUGCCCAUUACUCAAACACGUCCAAGCCUUAUCACUCCUACCUUUCUACCAAAAGGGCAUUAAUGGCGGCGACAGAGACGAUCAAGAACAACCACCCCAAACACUCAGUCCCAAGCAUCACGUGCUACCAUCCCCCAAUAACUUCAACAUCACCUCUGAAACAAAAAGGAAUGCUGUAUAUAGCAUGACUGCACCUCAAAUCUCCAAAUUAAUUUCUAAAAUUCACUCCGUCCAUGCAUCAAUAUCCAUAGACAUUCGAGAUUCCUACAAGAUACCAGAGGCUUGUCAUAUAUGGAUUCAUCGACAAGUAGACCGGAAAUUACCAUUUCAAGAGAAACAUGUUCUGCAGCAGGCAUCAAUUCUUGGUAACUUGGAGGAAUUUGGGGUGUUGAAAACUUCUGGUGGGGAUGUUGUAAGGGAUCAGAUUGACUGUCAUGUCCCAUCUGGGAAUUAUGCUAAUGUCCCUGCAGUGGUUGAGUUUGGGGCUGGCAGAGGGUACUUGACACAAAUGCUUGUCGAUUGCUAUGGGAUCAACAAAGUCAUCCUGGUCGAGCGCAAGUCCUACAAGCUUAAGGCUGAUCGAAGUUUGCGUCAAAAAGAGAGCUUGAUAUUAGAACGUUUGAGAAUUGACAUUGAAGAUUUGAACUUGAAUGCUGUUCAAUCUUUGCAAGGAAUUCCUUAUUUGGCAAUUGGUAAACAUCUCUGUGGGCCUGCAACAGAGUACAGCUUUGCUGCAGAUAUGACCCUAAGAUGUUGUAUUGCGGGACAUUGUAAUGAAAGUAAGGUUUCACAGUGCAGUUCUGGUUGUUACCUGAGAGGCAUGGCUAUAGCGACAUGUUGCCAUCAUCUUUGCCAGUGGAAGCACUACAUAAAUAAGAUAUAUUUAUCAAAUCUGGGUAUUACCAAGGAAGAUUUCCAUGCAAUAACAUGGUUCACCAGCUGGGCAGUAGAUGCAGACCAUAGUUCAGAUCUCUCUGGUGAAGUUGAUUGCAGAUCAAGUGUAGAAAUCAUCAGGGGGGAGGAAGAAUGUGGCAGGGCUCCAUGUGGAGCUGAAGAAGUUUUGAUGAAUAUGAGGGCUGUGAAGAGGGCAGUGUUGGGCUUCAUGUGCAAGGAUAUCAUUGACAUGGGGAGGUUGAUGUGGAUGAAGGAACGUGGAUUAGAAACAGAGCUUGUAAAGUAUGUGCCGUCUAACAUCUCGCCUGAGAACCAUUUGCUAAUUGCUAGGUGGGACAAUAACUUGUAAGAUGCCAAAGCCUCUUGUGUUUUAGAGUCGUAUGAUUGAACGGAAAAAAAUAAGAUGGACUUGGGAUUAUAGAAACCUUUGUUGCAUCUCCUAGCUUCAUUGGAAGUUUGGUGGUGUAAGUUGAUGCAAGAAUGAAGCACAGACAAAUCUUGGGACGAGGGCUGAAUACAGAUCUGCUGGGUCAAAUGUUGUCCGUCUAAGGGGUUUCUUGGUUUGUGGAUGAAUUCUUUUUGGCUUUAUGUUUUAAUGGAACUUUGCCAUCCUAAUAAUCAAUCAUUAGCAAGUAGUAAAGACACAUGGAUCAAUUUUUUUGAGUGACUUAUUUUCAUCAAUUACUAUGAUGGUUCUAAAGGCAGUUGUGAUUAGUGAUGUUAUGAAUAAUUUUUUACUGGGAUAA